AUGAACAACAACUACUUUGCUGAAGAUUAUGUUCCUGGAACAACUAACAUCUUGGUUUCUCUGGAUGAUUCGUCCAGCAACCACACUGGAAAGCCUUUAAAAAGGACUGCUAAUGGCAUUAUCUUGCUUCCUCAACCCUCGGACUCGCCCAAUGAUCCUUUGAAUUGGUCCAAAUCCAGAAAAAUGUGGCAUUUCCUUUUGGUAUCCUUUAUAACUGCCCUCACUGCUGCCAUUUCCAACGAUGCUGGUGCCGCCCAAGAUUCGCUUAAUGAAACCUACGGAAUCUCCUAUGACGCCAUGAACACCGGUGCUGGUGUGUUGUUUCUAUUCAUUGGCUGGUCGUGUAUCUUCUUUGCUCCAGCCUCGUCAUUGUAUGGCCGCAGAAUCACAUACAUUGUGUGUAUUUUGGCUGGUACUCUUGGCUCGGUGUGGUUUGCUGUUUCGAGAAGAACUUCCGACACAAUUUGGUCUCAGGCUUUUGUUGGUAUGUCCGAAGCCUGUGCCGAGGCUCAAGUCCAACAGUCUUUGGCUGAUAUCUUCUUUCAGCACCAGCUUGGUUCUGUUUUGACCGUUUACAUUAUGGCCACUUCGAUUGGUUCGUUUUUGGGUCCUUUAAUUGCUCACUUGAUUUCAGAAGCCCAAGGUUUCAGAUGGGUUGGCUGGUGGGGUGCCAUAGUGAGUGGUGCUACCUUAAUUUUGAUCGUUUUCGCUUGUGAGGAAACAGUGUUUGACCGUAGCAAGUACUUCCCUGUUUACGAGUCGGAGAACUUACAGAGCGUGGAAAACUUGGAAGAAACGAAAGAUGAGGUGGAGAAGAUUUGUGAUGAUAAGAAUGGCGACAACAUUGGUGAAAGUGAGGUCAAUGAGAAGGUGCAAGUUGCACGCAGUUCAGAAUCGGUUGAAAAUUCCAGACCUAAUGAUCUCUCUAUUGAUGAGGAAGCCGAUCCUUCGAAGGAGAAGCUUAUUCCUUACCACAAGCGUAUUGCUCUCAUCACUCCAUCUUCGUACAUCGAGGGAUUUGGUUUCAAGCAGUACCUCAAGAGAUUUGUUGUCUACUUCAAGGUUUUCACUUUGCCUGCUGUUUGGUUGUCUGGUAUUUUGUGGGGAUUACAGGACGCAUACAUGUCUUUCUUCUUGACGACCCAAGAUACAUUUUUCUACGACGACCCAUGGAAUAAGAGCGAGACAGGAGUUGCUUUGAUGAAUGUGGCUACUUUAAUUGGUGCCGUCAUCGGCUGUAUUAUGUCCGGUAUUCUCUCUGACAAGCAUGUUCUUUGGUUGGCCAAGAGAAAUAACGGUAUGUACGAGCCAGAGUAUAGAUUGUGGCUUCUUUUCAUCACAUUGGUGGUUUCUCCCAUUGGUCUCAUCAUGUUCGGAGUCGGUGCCGACAAGGGUGGAGAUUGGCCCGCGUGGGUCGUCUACGGAGGAUUGGCAUUUAUCGGAUUUGGCUGGGGUUCCAUUGGUGACACAGCCAUGUCGUACUUGAUGGAUGCUUACCCAGAGAUCGUCAUCCAGGGUAUGGUCGGAGUUUCCAUCAUCAACAACACUUUGGCAUGUAUCUUUACUUUCACUUGUUCAUUAUUCUUGGACAAGGCAGGUACUCUGAACACCUACAUUAUUUUGGCGGUCAUUGACGUUGUUUCUAUUGCAUUUAUUGUUCCUACCUUAUACUGGGGUAAGUCAUGGAGAAGAGCAACCAAGGGACUCUACAUUGAGUUGGUGGAGCUCUCACAGGGUAUGGAAUAA